AUGAACCGCUGUCCCGACAACUGCAUCGUCCACCUACACUCCGUCGCCAGCAAACAAUGGUUAAUCCGCCGCAUGAACCCUUACAGGAGUUAUGUCUCCCCCGACGGCACUCGCUACGUGAUCACCCAAGCCGAUAACGAGCAAAUACUCCUUACUCCCGCCCAAGUCAGUGCCCUACGUUUCAAGGAAAAGAAAGACGAAUUGGAUCGCAUCACCAGCGGCCGAGUUGAUAACAUCCUUUUCAUCCUCCCCGCCAGCAGCAACUCCCCCCAGUUUAAAUCACGAGUCUCUGACGCCGCCGCCGCUGCCGGAGCUCACGCUCUGCAUUUCAUCGAAAGACCGGUUCUUGCCGCCGCCCAUUACGACUCUAUCGGACCCAAACCAAAAACCGUCCUCGUAUUCGAACUCAGUGAUUGCAUUCUUGAAAUCUCUCUGAUCAACGUAGAUUUAGAUCUAAUUGUAAUGGCCACCGUUUCCGACUUGGGCUGCCCACUUUUCCACGUCCUGCUUUCAGAGCUUUCGUCGAACCUCGAAUUCGACUUCACCCGCGACGUCGAGGCUCUCAUUGACCUCUAUAAGAAAUGCGAGCGCGCCAAGAAUGCCCUCUGUAUGGGCUUGGAUUCCGUGGAGAUUAAGUUUGAGCGACAAGGCAGGGAGGUGAUAGAAACACUCAGUCGUGCAUGGUUGGUGGAGAUGAAUCUCAACCAUCUGCGCAGCGGAAUCAUGUCGUGCUUAAUGGAAGCCGGAGUGGAGCAAGAAGCCGUGGAUGAGGUCGUGCUCGUCGGAGCUUUCACUAACAUACCGGAGGUCCUACAAGUUCUUCGAGAGUUCUUUCACAAGCAGCCGUUCAGAUGUGAAACAGAACCUGCACAUGUUAUCCAGUUGAGUGCUCUCAAAUACAAAAGCAUUCUCUCCGAUUUAUCUGGUGUCAGUCUGGCAGCCAUGCACAUCGCAGAUUUCGGGGUGUUGUUUUUUUGA